AUGAGUUCUCUUCAUGGUCGCUGUUUGAUACCCCUCAUCGACAUUUCACCAUUCCUAUCAUCAACAUCCCUUGGCGAAUCAAGGGAACAUGUCAUCCAAGAAGUCCGUUCUGCUUGUCAACAAUUCGGAUUUUUCGAGUUGGUUGGACAUGGAAUCCCUGUGGCACUCCAAAGAAAAGUUCUUCUCUGUGCCGAACGACUUUUCGACCUCCCACUCGAACAGAAACAAGCCAUGUCAAUGAGCAACAGUCCCGGCCUGAGCAAACGUGGUUAUGAAGCCAUGGGCGGACAAGUGCUCGAUAAGAAACCCGACUCAAAAGAAGGCUUCUAUGUUGGUGUCGAGAUUCCAACUGAUGAUCCGAGAUGCGGUGACUUCAGUAUGGGACCCAAUUUCUGGCCAGACACAUUAAGUGAUGAGGAUUUAAGGGAGCCAGUGAUGCGGUAUCAUGCCGAAGGCGUGAGGGUCCACGAGACCUUGUUACGAAUCAUGGCUAUGGCAUUGCCGUAUGGAGACGAUGUCUUUGAUGCUCUCAUGACUGAUCCGGUGGCCAAUAUCAAGUUGUUACAUUAUCCUCCUAAUCCAAUUUCAUCUGCCGAGGAUGCACCUAUUGGAGCUGGCACACACUCAGAUUUUGGAAGCAUUACGAUCCUCCUCCAACAACCAAAUCAUCACGGUCUCGAAGCUUUGCAUCCCACCACCAAAACUUGGAUCCGCAUCCCCGCUCAGGAAGAUGUGCUCAUAGUAAACAUCGGCGACUUGCUUCAAAUAUGGACGAAAGGCUUUUUCAAGAGUCCGUUACACAGAGCUAUUAACGCCAGUCCCCAUCAUCGAUACAGUGUCCCAUUCUUCUAUCAUGGAAACCUGGGUACGAAGCUGAGCCCACUGGAUGGCAGCGGAGAUGGGACAGAAGAGACGGCUGGUGAGCAUAUUGCCGGAAAGCUCUUGAGAAGUUUUGGGGAUCUCAAAGAUUGA